AUGGAAGUGACGUGGCACAGAAGAAGGAUAAACUUAAUUGCAAUUAUGAUAUUUUGUGGAACAGCUGAUGUUGAAAGCAGUUUGCCGGUGGAUUUGGCAUCCGAAGACAAAGCAUUGCCACAAACAACCUUACAACUAUCAUCGACAACACCGAGUGUAACAACCGCUAAUAUUUCUACCUCGACAUACGCUACCAUCAUACCUCCGAUACCCCCUAGUGAUAGAGACCGCUUCUUGACUUUCGCAGAGUCUGGCCACCAUCAGACCUUCAUGUUCGCAAAAGACAAUACUUUUAUACAAUUAGAUGGAGAUAUAAUUCAAAGAUUUCAGCUGAGGUUAUGCAGAGAAAUAUCAUUCAAGUUUCGAACAAGAUUGCCUCAUGGUCUCUUAGUAUACCACAACGUAAAGAAUCCAGUUUUUAAAAUGCAGCCUUACGCUUUGUAUGUUAUCGUGGAGAAAGGAGAGUUAAAAGUUGUCCACGUUUUUGGCAAACAUCUUACAUCAGUAACAGUAGGACGGGCCCUGAACAGAGAUCAGUGGCAUAGUGUGGUUGUCACCAUUGACGUGCAUGGUGCAAGACUGAUAGCUAAAGUUGACCAACUCAAAGAAGAGGUUUACUUGAAGGGUUUGAGUUUCGAUACCAAUUACGGCAUUACGGACAAUUUGACUUCAGUUAUUCUAAUUGGAGGACUGAGCUCUGAAGAGAAACUCCAUGGGGUUAAAUACAUUAUAGAAUCAUUCGUUGGUUGUAUUAGCGACAUGGUUUUAAGUUCGGGAAAAGCUGCAUCGGACCUCCUCCCCAUUGUACCACUGAUUGCUACAAAACAUGAGAACGUCAAGGAAGGUUGUAUAGACAAAUGCCGAACUGUAGAAAAUUUGUGUUUCGAAGGUUCUAGAUGUAUUAACGAAUAUAAUGGAUACAGAUGCGAUUGUUUCGGUACUUUAUAUGAAGAGCAACUUUGUGAUGUUUACACGGCGACAGUUUUGACGCUUCGAGGUUCAAGUUACGUGUCUUAUCGUGUUUACGAUUGGAAAGACCGGGUCCACUCCACCAACACGCGGGUCAGUCUGCACUUUAAGACUCGUUUUGAUGAUUCAGCCUUGUUCUACGCCAGUGGUCAGAUAGAUGAUAAGAAUCAUUAUAUCGCUUUAUCAAUACAUCAAGAAAAAGUUGCCGUACAAAUUGACUUAGGAGACGGUCCCGUUGAAGAUUAUUUAGGGGAUAAAGUAAACAACAAUAAAUGGCAUAACCUCACAGUUAUAUUGCAAGAAAAAAUCACAUUUGUUUACAUUGAUGACGUAUCGGCAACAUACGAAGUACCAGGAAACGCAAGAUACGUUUGUAUUGACCCAGAAAUUUACAUAGGCGGUGGUCCAGAUUUACACAAAAUGAAAGGAUUGAAAUCCUUCAACAAUUUCGCGGGAAACUUGAAAUAUGUUUAUUACAAUGACGUAUCGAUAUUGUAUGAGCUGAAGCAAAAUAACCCCAAAGUACACUAUAUCGGUGUCCUGGAUCCUGAAUUUGAAGAGAUUGAUAUCGAAGUCAUACCUAUUACUUAUCCUUUCGCCACUUCCCACAUAUGGUGGCCUUUAAAUCAAAGCCAUAGUAUCAAUUUGAUUUUCGACUUCAAAACUAGCAAAAAUAUGGCUGUUUUGGCUUACAGUCAAAUUACAACCGGACAGGGAUACUGGGAGGUGAGAAUGGUUAAAGAAGAGAUAAGAUUUGAAUUAGUUCCGGACAUCGGAACGAAUGUAACGGUGUUGAAGUCAGUUAAAUUUAACGUAAGCAAUGACUGGCACACAGUCGAACUCGAUUACCGGAAAGGAAGAAUAAAACUAACUGUGGAUAAUCACAAUAAACAUGCACAAAUGUUUGGUUUGGAUUUCCACUUACAAGAUAAAAUUGUCAUAGGCAGUGGACUAAAAUCAGCAAAUUUAGGUCUAAUCGGAUGCAUGAGAAACAUAAAAAUUAACGGCCUCACAAUUGAACCAAGGUUUGUUAUCAAUACUGAGAGAGUAGUAGGCGAAGUUGCAAUCGACGACUGUCGCUACGUCGACCCCUGUACUAGGCCUAAUACGUGUGAACAUGGAGGAGUCUGUUCCAUCAGAGAGGACAGAGUUAUAUGUAACUGUGAUAACACAGGUUAUAUCGGUGAAAACUGUCACUUCGCAACAUUCAGAAAGACCUGUGAGGAGCUAGCACUGCUCGGGUACACAAGAAAUGACGUUUAUCUCAUCGAUAUCGAUGGCAAUGGCAAGUUUCCACCAGCGCACGUCAAAUGUGAAUUUCAAAUUGAAGCUGAUUCCUCUACCACUGUGGUUGAACACAACCUUCCAAGUCAAGUAGAUGUUCGCUCCGCGUCAGGACAAGACUUUAGUUUCAAAAUAAAAUAUAGAGAAUUUUCAGCGGAAAUGAUUCAAGAGUUGAUCUCGCAUUCAUUAUUUUGUCGUCAGUAUAUUAAAUACGAUUGCAAUAUGGCACCUUUAGAACUACACAGUGCCACGUGGUUCAUUUCAUCCUCAAACGACACCGUAGAUUACUUGGGAAACGUUAAAAGAGGAUAUUGUCCUUGCGGUGUAAACGCUACCUGUGUGAAUCCAACGCAAUCCUGCAAUUGUGAUGCAAAUGAGAAUAAAUGGCAUUCAGACGAAGGAAUUCUGUUGGAUCCAAAGAGUCUUGGGAUAACCGAGAUGUUCUUUUUACAGCAGAAAGACUUAACUGAAGAAGCCCAAGGUAGAAUUACAUUAGGGCCAUUGGAAUGUGUGGAAACAAACACGCAAAGGUAUGUGGUAACCUUUACAACAUCGCAGUCCUACAUCGAGGUGCCAGGUUGGAGGAAAGGAGAUAUUGCGUUCAGUUUCCGUACAACUGGUACCAGCGCCAUUUUAUUGUUCCAGCCCCCUAUUCGACCGAACUAUCCAUCAUUCAUGGUUGCCUUAACAAGUGAUCACGAGUUAACUUUCAACUUCACGCUGAACACGGGAACCACAAGGAAAUUGGUUAUCAAUUCCAAGAGAAAGCUGAACGGUGGAGAGUGGCACAAAAUAUGGAUCGACUAUAACUUCUACCAUGUGCGGUUUAUGUUGAACACGGAAUACCAAAUGUUGAAUUUACUGUUGGAAGAAGAGUUCGGUCCAUUUGAAGGAUCUAUGUUCAUUGGUGGUGCAACAGCGGAACAUCUAAAGAAAUCAGCAGUACAUCAAGGGCUUAUAGGCUGCUUUAGAGGCUUAGUUGUAAACGGAGAGGUCUUAGACAUAUACAGUUACAUGUCUGUACAUUUGUCAGAGAUCAUUAAAGACUGUAAGCCUUCUUGUGUACCGAACCCGUGUCAGAACAGAGCGACUUGUAAAGAGCUGUGGUCUACGUACGAAUGUAUUUGUAAGAACACUUGGGCGCAUCUUGGUGUACACUGUGAAGAGAAUAUAAACGAAAAGGCACUGACGUUUCAAACAAAAGAAGCGUAUUUGAAGAAGAAUUAUUUAGUAGAUAACGAAACCGAUGCAGAGAAACACAGACUGAAGAAAAUGAUGGUUGAGAAUGUUCUCAUGAAUCUGCGAACGUAUGACGAUAACGCUUUAGUAUUAUACGCCAAUGACAAUCUCAAUAAUUUUAUUCACCUAUUUAUACAUAAUGGUACACAAAUAAUCUAUCUUUUUAAUAAUGAAGAGGAAAUAGUUCAAAUGAAUGUCACUUAUGACAAAAUUAAUAAAGGCGAAAGUGUUCAGAUCGCAAUCAUCAGAACAGAAAACACAACAACUUUGCACGUGAACGAUAAGAACAGUACAAUUGGUAAAGUAGCGAAACUUCUAUCCAACUAUACCAAUAAGCCUUGGAUUAACCCAGAAUUAGAAGUAAUACGCCCACAAAGACCACCUGCACCACCUACAGACUACUUCCAAAUGAACCUUGGCGGCUAUGAUCCAUAUUCCUUGCACUUGGCCGCAAGAGCAAAUCAGUUACCGCAAGGAGGAUACGUGGGCUGUGUCAGAGGAUUCAAGAUAGCCGAUCAUGUUGUAGACUUAUCGAGAAAAGCCUUGCAGAAUACUGAUCAAGAUCUAACCGGGGUUCUACCAGAAUGCAACAUGAAAUGCGACUCGGAGCCUUGUAAGAAUGGCGGAGUUUGUACCGAAGAUUUCACGAAUCAGGAAAGCAGCUGUGAUUGUGAACUUACGAGUUACUUUGGAGAAUACUGUAUGGAGGAAAAAGGUGCAGACUUUAACGGCGAAAGCAUUUUGCAAAGAAAAUUUGUUCUUUUAGGUCCCGUAUUAAAAGUAAAAAUAAAAUUGGCAUUUUCUAGUAACGACCUAAGACAAAAAAAUACUGUUCUUUUGUUGGUACAAACAGAAAACAAGCGCAGCUAUUAUCUACUAGUAGCAAUAACGCAAGAUGGAUAUCUUAAAUUCGAAGAAGACAGAGAGGAAUCCGCAUAUGGUGCAGAAGUUAAGAACAGAAACUUUCUUAAUGGCGCUCGGCACACAGUAUAUUACACGAGAGUAGGUCAAGAAGCUAAACUUUUAAUAGAUAGAAUAGAAGUACCCCUAGAGAAACUUCCGCCUCAAGGCCUGUGGGAAGUUUUUGAUGUUGGCUCUAAUGAAGUGCAAAUAGGAGGUUUGAACACCACAGACCCCCGACUCAUGAUUUACAAGGGAUAUAACGGAUGCCUUUCCAACAUAUUCGUGGAACUGAACGACUACGAGAUGAAACCGCUGGAGGAGUACAUGUUAUUCACGAGGUCGGACGCCGAGAAGGUGAACGCUGUUAACGCGCGCGGUGUGCGUAGCGCUCAGUGUUCCGCCGAAUUCGACGACGCGUGGCCCGAGCACGACCAGCUCGCCACGCACAACGGCAGCUUCCUUAUCAGCGUUGAUAAGGCUUGGGUUGAAGAUCCGCCGGCUAGAAUCCCUUACGACUCUCUACACCAACAGCCUGACGCCGAAGAAGAAAAUACGGACAAAAUCUUUAUUACUUUAAUAGUUAUAUUCCUGAUUGGGCUUUGCUACUGCGGUUCUCACAUGUGGCGUACACAUAAAGCUCAUAAAUUGCGUUUGGAAAAAGAAACAGAUGAAAACAUAAUGAGGAGUAAAGAGAAAGCCAUCAAACUACAAGAGCCUAGUGUCUCUUUCUUGCAAGAGCUUACUAACGAAGAUCCAAACAAACAAUCAAAUUUGAAAUCAAACGGGGUGACGUUAGACAUGAUUCCCGCCGUAAAAGUGGAGACAAUGGAAGAAAAACCAGUACCCAGAAAAGGAUCUUUAAGAUUUAGAGAUAGAGAAGUAACAUUUGAAACCUUGGAGGAAAAAGAUGAAACACUAGAGAACGAAGAAGAAGAAAAUGAAAACAUUUCAGAAAAAGAACCAGGGGAUGAAGAGGAAAACGAAUUGAACCCGGAGACUGACAAAUCAAAACAUCCCAGCGAUGUAUCAGCGGCCACAUUAACAACGCAGUUACCAUAUAAAAUUGAGGAAGAGAAUUCAAUAGAGCUAACCACAAGUGCCUAA